AUGGCGGACGGCAACGUCCACAGGACGGCGGGCAUGCUCGGCAUGUUCUCUGCAUUCAUGAUGGUGGAGGGGAUCACGCGAACAACCCAGGUGCUCGCGCGCAAUCACGACGAGGACGAUGACCUGAAUGCGGACUGGGAUGGCAUCGAUGGGCGAACGUUUCCAGAGUGGGUGCUUUUCAUCGGCGGGAUCGUGGAGAUCGUCGCGGCGGGCGCGGGGCUGGCGCUGGCGUUGGGGGUGCAGAUCUUCGAGAGCCACAGCCCGGCGGUGUCGAAGAUUGGGCUGGUUGUCAUGCUGUCGGCGUGGUUCACGUUCAUCGUGUUCACGUUCGCCAAGCCGGCGUUUGAUUCGGACAAGUUGGACUUCUCGCCGCAUCCCAGCCUAACUCUGGAUCAAUGGCGCGGGGCCGUGACUUUGGGAAUUUUUGGAUCGGCGGGCUACAGCGCGGCGAUGCUGGGUGGCCAGGUCUUCUUCGGGUGGCAGCUGUGGCGGAUCGGCCUCGGCGAAGGCGCCACGUACAACAAGCAGUACCACGCGUCUCGGCUAAUCUAUUAUUCGGCCCUGGCGGGGGUUGCUGGAUUGGCCCAGAUGGCCAUCGGCAUCUUGGUCCGAGACAAGGUGGGGGAUGGCCGAUUGGGGGCCUUGAUGCGCGUUGCCGCGCCCCCGUUUUUCAUAAUCUAUCCGGGGCUCAACGUCACGGGAGGAUUGCUCGUGAUCGCAGCGGCGGUGGCGGGAUUCGUCCGGGCGCUCAUUCGACAUGCCGGGGGCCGGGUGACAUUCGGGCUGCUGUGGGCCGCGGUGUGGGUGGUGCAGAUUCUGUUCAUGGGGGUGACGCAGCUGGGGCUGUGGUCCAAGGGCGGGCCCCUGGCGCGCCAGGAGGUGGUGGCCGAGGCCGGCGGCCUGGUGGGCCUCACGCUGUCGCUGUCGGUGAUGCCCACGUACAUGGACGCCAUGACCUGA